GUUAACACAUACGCGAUGAACUUCGUUGUUCCUGUACCCGCAAGCAUCGCAGACCUCGAUUUCUCCUGGCAGAGCCUUGCUGGACACCCGUUGCCUUACUCAAUGGAGUUGGAUUACGACGUGGUAGGUGUUCCAGGCGGUGUUUCUGGUGAAAUGAUGGCUUCGCUUACUCCUAAAGUAAAUGUGUCGAGCAAGGGGGAGGUUCCAGUCAUCUUGCAAGUAUUCAGGAUCAGACUGCCGUGCUCGGGUCACAUGAGCGCUGAAAUUCCUAUGUCCUUGAGGUUAAACGUCACUGCCCCGCCUGCCACUAAAUACAACGAUACGAUUUUAGUUUUCAAGAGAAACAAGUUUUGCUUCAAAGGAGUGCAAGCACCUCCAAGAAAUGAUUCGGUUCGCCUGGAGCCAGGACCUCUGGUAAACGGAGCUGGAGCAUUUUACGUUGCUGCAACAUGUUCGUGCGCCUUACUAUUAGUCGUCGGCAGCAUAGCGAGUGCCUUGUAUAUUCGCAACAGCAAGGCUCGUAUACAAGAAUCGCAGAACACACUGCCCUGCUGCAGCUAUUCAGCGGCAGACACCGGUGGCUUGGCCAGAAGUUCUGUCCUGGUUAGGGUCGACCCACGACCCGGAAGCGCGAAUUCCGGAAGUUACGCAACCAUUGCCGACCUGGAGCCACUCUAUGCGAGACCUUGCGGUUCCAGAGCAAGUUACUACGCUUCCAGCCAUGUGACGCAUCUGAGCCAGACGACCGAUCCGUGCGAGAAAGCUAGGGCGCUUUCCGUGUCAAGAGCCGCGUUGUAUUGUUGCAAUCUUGUGCAAGAGGGCACCUUUGGUCGUGUCUACAAAGGCACUUUGGAACUGGCUGAUCGUGAACAGGAAGUAAUUAUUAAAACAGUCACAGAAGUGGCAUCGACAUAUCAGGCUUCUUUACUGGUGGUGGAGGGCUCGCAGCUGGCAGGAUUAGUGCAUACAAACAUAACCUCGCUUACAGCCGCUUGCCUGGAUAGUUCUUGUCCGUUAUUGGCAUACGCGAGUGCGCCGGGCGAGUUAAAUUUGAAACUGUACCUUACCGACGGGAAUCAUCAUCCUGUGACGAGGGACUUGGUGCACGUUGGUGCACAGGUUGCCAGGGCAGGAGCGUUCUUGCAUGGUCGAGGGCUCUUGCACAGGGACAUUGCUACGAGAAACUGCCUGAUCGAGCCAAGCAAUCUUCGCGUGCGAUUAGCUGAUACUGCUUUGGCGCGAGAUCUCUUCCCCCAGGAUUAUCAUUGUCUCGGCGAUAACGAGAACAGACCCAUUCGUUGGAUGGCCUUGGAGACACUCCAGCACAAUCAGUAUAGCACUGCGACGGACGUGUGGUCAUUCGGAGUGUUCCUGUGGGAGUUGGUGACGAUGGGCCAGCAGCCGUAUAUCGAGGUGGACCCAUUCGAGAUGAUGGCUUGUCUCCGAGAUGGCUACCGACUGGCCCAACCGCGACCAUGUCCCGACGAACUUUUCGCCGUGAUGGCUGUCUGUUGGCUGGGUCUGCCUAGGGACCGGCCGACCAUGCCGCAACUUCUCGCAUAUUUGCAAGACUUUCACGACGCCCUUGGCGGCUUCAUUUAA